AUGACAGAGAAAUCCGCCUCGGGAUCGGGCGCAAUGUCCGACAAGAAUGCUGCGGCUGCCAAGUCCAAGGAUGCAGGCAAGGAUGCGCGGGCAAAGGACUCGCCAGCGGCAUCUGCAGUCAAGUCCGAAACCUCUGGCACAGGAAGUCAUUCCAGCCCAAAGAAGCGCCGCAAGGUGAAUCACGGUAAGGUGCCGUUCGUGCGGUAUGCAACAGGGAUCGUCGGGCGCAAAGCCCUUCGAGGCCUGGUUCGCAUGGCGAUUGACAAGUUGAUUUUACUGACGAGUGAUGCAUAUUCGCAGCCUGUGUCUAUUGUCGACGUUCGAGAUCAAGAACAUUCGGCUGCGGACGAGGAGGGCUCGUCCAACAAUGAGCUGACCAACGUUCAAGGCAUGCGAGCGAGUGUCGAUCUCCCCGAUUCUGCCGGUCAACAAAUUCUCCCGGACGGUACGAUCGGAAUUGCGCCUUCUUCUGUGCAGCCUCCGAGCAUUGCCUCCUCCGGUCAAGGUAUUGACAACCCUCAGCAGCUGAUGGCGUACAACGACUGGCUGGGCGGGCAAAAUCAAUUUCAAGACAUGCAUUCGCUCCAUCCUUCAUACAUGUUCAAUGCGCCUGAGGUUACUAAUGAGUACAACUUGCUCGGAGAUUUCCCCAGUAAUAGUCUGUUGGAUGACGGCGCGCUGUUCCAGGACCAGAGCAUGCAGGGCAUCUACUCGGAUCCAAGCCUCAUGAACUCUAUGAACACAGUCGGUGUAGCAAACGGUUUACCCCCACCGGCCCAGCUCCCGCCAGCGGCCCAGAGCCAAGAACCUCAGGGAGAUUCCAUUCUGCGCCCAACUUCUACAGUGGGCAAUGACAAGGCUCGCGAGACAUAUUACAUGACUGCAGCCGACCCGUCCGGAUCUGACCCGCCAGAGGAGCGCAUGAACAAGCUUCUCAAAGCCAAGUACGAUGCAGGACUCUUGAAGCCUUUCAACUAUGUCAAGGGCUACGCCAGGCUCAACCAGUACAUGGAAAAGAACAUGCAUCAAGCAUCUCGACAGAAGAUUCUCCGACAGUUGGACAAAUUCCGACCCAAGUUCCGGGAACGCAUGCAGAGCCUGACUGAUAUUGAGCUGAUACUUGUGGAGAUGUGGUUUGAGCGGAGUCUGAUGGAGUAUGACCGUGUAUUCGCUAGUAUGGCCAUCCCGGCCUGCUGCUGGCGACGUACCGGCGAAAUCUUCCGUGGUAACAAUGAGAUGGCACAACUCAUCGACGUGCCUAUAGAGAGUUUGCGCGACGGCAAACUCGCAAUCCACGAGUUCUUCGUUGAGGAUCAGCUCGUGAGCUACUGGGAGAAGUUUGGUGCUAUUGCCUUCGACAACACCCAGAAAGCUAUGCUCACCAGCUGCACUCUCAAGAGCCCAAGUAACCCGACGGGCGAGGGCAUCCCAUGCUGCUUCUCCUUCACCAUCCGACGCGAUAACCACAAUAUCCCUUCUUUGAUCGUUGGAAACUUCCUACCCACGCAGCGGGUCCACAAAUAG